GGUGUUUGUAUAUGGAUGUGAAUUAGAAAUAAUACAUUUUUCGGUGGCAUAUUUUAAACAUUUGGUUACCAAAGUUUGGUAUAAUUAGAACUAAGUUUUAAACAAAUAAGUGCAAUAGUUCUGCUCCCGAGAGAGAAUCAUAGUUUUCAGGACUGAAAAAACAGCUUCAAAACGCGUCCGUGGAACAUUUCAUUCAUCGAUUGGGUUGAAUCUCGAUUCAAAGUGCUACUUUUCACAGUAUUGUUUGCAAGUGCUCGGCAAGAGGACGUGUUCUUUUAGUGGGUCACAUCAUAGAUUGAUUCCAGUCAAAAAAUGAGCGAGGUGCCGGAGAGCAGUAAAAAGCGCCAGAAAACGUGCCUACAGGUAGCAACGAAUGUGACCGAGCAGAAGCACCAUGUCACCAGGGAGACUCGAGGCAAGAAUUUGGGCCUGUGCCGUGGAUUCAGAGGAUGCACUGUUUGGCUGACUGGCCUCAGUGGCGCUGGAAAAACCUCGAUCGCCUUUGAGCUUGAGGCAUAUCUGGUAUCGCGUGGCAUUCCCGCCUACGGGCUGGACGGUGACAACAUCCGCACCGGACUUAACAAGAACCUGGGAUUUACGCCCGCCGACCGCGAGGAGAAUAUUCGGCGGGUAGGCGAGGUGGCCAAGCUGUUCGCCGACAGCGGAGUAGUGGCCAUCUGUAGCUUCGUUUCCCCCUUCGCCGACGAUCGUGAGAUGGCGCGCAAGAUCCACAAGGACGCGGGUCUGAAGUUCUACGAGAUAUUUGUGGACACUCCGUUGGACGUAUGCGAAACGCGCGAUGUUAAAGGACUUUACAAAAAGGCACGUGAGGGUGUCAUUAAGGGUUUCACUGGCAUCACGCAGGAGUACGAGCGACCCCAAAUGCCGGAACUAGUGGUCAAUACCCACGGCUAUACGGUACGCGAGUCCACACAGAAGCUAGUGACGCUGCUUGAGCAGGAAGGCAUUAUUCCACGAUCGCUCCGUGACGUGGACCAAUUGCCGGAGCUCUAUCCUAGCGAAUCCAUUGCCACGGAGGCUUUGCGUCAUGAGGCCGAGUCUCUACAGGCCAUUGAGAUCAGCACUGUGGAACUGCAGUGGGUUCAGGUUCUGGCCGAAGGCUGGGCAUAUCCACUACGCGGAUUCAUGCGUGAGGACGAAUAUUUGCAGACGCUACACUUCAAUACACUCCAAAGCGGCAUGGAUGGUUCCUAUCGAGAGAACCAUUCCGUGCCCAUUGUUCUAAGCGCCAGUCAGGCUGACAAGGAUCGCUUGGACGGGUCCUCAUCGCUGACACUCAAAUAUCAAGGCAAAGCGGUGGCAAUUCUGCGCCGUCCCGAAUUCUACUAUCACCGCAAGGAGGAGCGGCUAGCCCGGCAGUUUGGAACCACCAAUCCAAAUCAUCCUUACACCAAGCAGGUCUACGAGUCCGGCGAUUAUCUCGUUGGUGGUGAUUUGGCUGUGAUCGAGCGAAUUCGCUGGGAGGACGGAUUAGAUCAGUAUAGGUUGACCCCCAACGAGCUGAGGCGCCGGUUUAAGGAGCUUAACGCAGACGCCAUCUUCGCAUUUCAGUUACGCAAUCCCAUCCACAAUGGACAUGCCCUUCUCAUGCAGGACACUCGUCGUCAGCUGCUAGAUCGUGGCUUCAAGCAGCCAGUGCUCUUGCUACAUCCUCUGGGUGGUUGGACCAAGGACGAUGAUGUGCCACUAGAUGUGCGCAUGAAGCAGCACCAGGCCGUCCUUGACGCUGGUGUUCUGCGACGCGAAGAUACUGUUCUAGCUAUCUUCCCUUCGCCCAUGAUGUACGCCGGACCCACGGAGGUUCAGUGGCACGCGAAGGCUCGAAUGAACGCGGGUGCCAACUUCUACAUCGUGGGGCGUGACCCGGCGGGCAUGCCGCAUCCAGACAAGGAAGCUUAUCCAGAUGGCAACUUGUACGAUGCCACACACGGAGCCCGGGUGCUGAAAAUGGCCCAGGGCCUUGACAGCAUGGAGAUUCUUCCAUUCCGAGUAGCUGCCUAUGACAAAAGCUCCAGUAGAAUGGCCUUCUUCGAGCCAAAACGCAAGGAUGAAUUCGAGUUCAUCUCUGGGACAAAGAUGCGCACCCUGGCCAAAACCGGAGCUAGUCCGCCGGAUGGCUUCAUGGAGCCGGAAGCGUGGCGCAUCCUAUCCACAUACUACCAGAACCUACCGCAGGCGUAACCCGCUGCUUAUACCCGACCAGCAACGUGCAAUUCCUCUUAGUUAUAGCUUAUGUGCUUAUGUUCUUAUUCCCCUAAUCACUUAUCACAUAUGGAGUCUAUCGUUAUUAACCCAAAUCCGGGCCUGUUCCUGUGUGUGAAUGUCUGUACUCCUCCCAAUUAAAUGUUCGUAUCGUACAAUCUACUUUUAUCUAAACUUAAGUCACCCAAUUCUCUGUUUAUCUUAAGCAAAAUGUCGUGCAGCUAUUUUGUGGACUGUUUUUUAAAUACAUAUAUAAAUAAUUA